GUCUGGACACCAGAAGCCCAGGAUUGGGUUGGAUUAUCCCUGGCAUCCAUGGCGUUCUUCGAGGAGAUGGGGUGGUCGUACGCGCCCCACCUCCGCACCCACCUGCGCCAGCUCGCGGCAUCGGUCUCCGCGGCGAGCUGCGAGGGGGACGCGGGCGCGGGCGACGACGAGUGCCGCGACGAGGCGGCGGCCCUGCGGCUCAAGAUGGUGGCGGUCGCGGCCAUCCUGGUCUCCGGCGCGGUCGGCGUCGCCAUCCCGCUCGCCGGCCGCAGGCUCCGCGGCGCUAGCCCGUCCUCCUCCUCCUCCUCGGGCGGCGGCACGUUCGUGCUCGCCAAGGCGUUCGCGGCCGGGGUGAUCCUGGCCACCGGGUUCGUGCACAUGAUGCACGACGCGGAGGAGAAGUUCGCGGACCCGUGCCUGCCGCCCGCGCCCUGGCGCCGGUUCCCCUUCCCGGGCUUCGUCGCCAUGCUCGCCGCGCUCGGCACGCUCGUCAUGGAGUUCCUCGGCACCCGCUUCUACGAGCGCAAGCACGGCCAGGAGGCCGCCGCCGCGAGCGACGUUGAUGAUGAGACGGCCGCGCUGCUCGAGGAUGGUGCUCUCUCAGGGCGGGUCGCUGGAAUGAGCGGUGACGAUGGGAAGCAGGACGCCAUGCACAUCGUGGGGAUGCGCGCGCAUGCGGCCGCGCACCGGCACAGCCACGCGCAGGGCCACGACGCGUGCGAUGGAGGUGCCGUGUACGACGCGCACGGCCACGGGCAUGACCAUGGCCAUGGGAGCGAGGAGAGGCCCUCCCAAUCUCGCCAUGUAGUUGUCUCGCAGAUUCUGGAGCUGGGAAUUGUAUCGCAUUCUGUAAUCAUCGGGCUAUCCUUGGGUGUUUCACAGAGUCCAUGCACCAUUAAACCUCUGGUUGCUGCCCUCUCCUUCCACCAGUUCUUCGAGGGUUUUGCGUUGGGUGGCUGCAUUUCUGAGGCUCAGUUCAAGAAUUUCUCUGCACUCCUGAUGGCUUUCUUCUUUGCCAUUACAACACCUGCUGGGAUCACGGUGGGGGCGGGGAUCGCUUCGUUCUACAACCCCAACAGCCCCAGGGCGUUAAUCAUAGAGGGCAUUCUGGAUUCAAUGUCGGCUGGUAUACUCAUCUAUAUGGCAUUAGUGGAUCUCAUUGCUGCUGAUUUCCUUAGCCGGAGGAUGAGCUGCAACCCGAGACUGCAAGUCUGCUCGUAUGUCGCCUUGUUUCUUGGGGCUAUGGCCAUGUCAUCCCUUGCUAUAUGGGCUUAGCGUUAGUAAGCAAUUUUUGAAGUAAGAUGGAGGAUUGGGACAAGCUUUUUGGUGUCGUCCAAUGCACUAGGACUAGCCAGC